ACUAUAACCUUGCCUUAACUUAGCCAGAGGCUAGAAGAUUCGUCUAAUAACCCAAGUACUCUUAUUUGACGCGUCUACGUGCACAGUGCGUUUUUCGUUUUAUGAUUCACAUUUUUACACUUACUUCAAGWCCGGGACCAAAUUCUGAAGAGCGUGAACACGAGUCAGAGAUCAAAAGAUGGAUGGUUUUGAGGUGGUUACUGUAUUUCUUUUUCUUUUGAUGUAUGUUAAAGCUAGUGAAAUUCAAAGCGAUGAUCAUCUUCGACUGUUGAAGGAUUUAACGAAGAAUGCAAAGCUUGAAAAAGAAAUUAUUCCCACUCAAGGUGGUCCCGUCAAUAUCACUCUAGAUAUCGCAUACAGCCAACUGGUAGAAAUGGACAGUAAAAACCAGAUUUUAUCAAGCUAUAUCUGGGUACGCCAGUACUGGGCGAACCCGAGACUUAAAUGGGAUCCUGCCAAAUAUGGUAAUAUAACCACUACGCAUGUGCACCCAAAAUCAGUCUGGUUACCGGACAUUGUGCUGUACAACAACAUAAAUGAUGCCACCAUCGGGCAACUGUACAACUUUGACACAAAAAUCAUUUUAUUCAGCGAUGGUAGCAUUCAAUGGUUCGCACCGACGCUCAUCAAAUCGAUGUGCAAGAUCGACAUCACGUAUUUUCCGUUUGAUUAUCAGCAUUGUACGUUGAAAUUCGGCUCUUGGGCUUUCACUACACAGUUCUUGAAUCUUCAAGUGACAGASGAUGAMCCAGACCUCUCAAAGUACACGCGCAAUGGCGAAUGGGACUUGAAAAGAAUGGUGAAGAAACGAAACGUCGUUCGUUACAGCUGUUGUAAAUGGCCUUAUGUAGAUAUAACGUACCAUAUUUAUAUCAAACGACGACCAAUGUUUUACGUACAGAAUCUUAUAAUUCCGUGUAUUCUGUUGGCUACUUUGUCAGUCCUCUCGUUUUCCCUUCCUCCUGGGUCUGGUGAGAGAAUUGCAAUGAUGAUCACCCUUCUACUUGGACUCACUGUAUACAUGUUGAUCUUUACGGAAAAUAUUCCAAAGACUUCUGAAGUGGUACCACUUAUAAAUAAGUUCUUUGUCGCGAUUCUUUUCGAGAAUUCGUUGUGCCUUCUUGCAACGUCGCUGACUCUUCAAGUGUACCAUUACCACGAUCCUGAGCAAGAACUUCCAGCAUGGCUGCAAUUUUUAAUCUUUGACUUUUUGGCAAAAUUACUUCGUAUGAGGAUGGUAGAAAAACGUAACAAUGUUCCAAGACAAGGGAUUAUUGAAAGCCCAAUACUUUCUCGAAUCCACACUAAGUGUAAAUUCUGCAAUAUUGCAUCGAAUGGAUCAAUCUACAGGGUGUCUAUCCCAAAAGAUCUCACAGAAGAGAAACUAAACAGCAUAAACACAAAGCUCGAUACUAUUAAKAGCUCUUUAUCCUCGUCUAAGAACGAGGAACAGUGGCAUUUUGCGGCCAUGGUUUUGGACAGAUUUUUCUGCAUCGCCUUUGCUGUCGUUAUCUUUAUUUCACUUUUGACAUUCUACCUCAUGAUUCCCAACAAACCCACAAACUGAAAAGAACUUAUCAUAACGCUUAUCUCAAAGAACUGUCACAAAAAAUUUAUAGUUUGAAAGUGGCACUGCUCAAGGGUUUAAGUUUCCGACAGGGGUACCCAUGAUGGAAAUUUAAAAACCAAGAGACAUAAAAUGCAGAGCAUAUAGACACAAAGUUGUGCAAAGGGCGGGGUUCAGCAUCCUCCGGAUCUGUUACAGCAGUAUUAUUAGUGAGUGUGAAUCCAACAAAUCAGGAAUUUCUUAAAAACACUGGAAAAAAUCGCGCACUUUAAAGGUUGU